AAACACCAGUGUUUGUAAAUAUUGUGUUGGGAAAGUACACGGUGGCUUGCGAAUAUCCACAGAAGGGUGACUUCUACUGGAGAUUAGUGGAGAUUAGUGCUAGUGUUUGCAGAGAGGAUUAGGUGAAUGUGUGCCUUCAUUGAGGAUUGAGUCUCUAUCUAGUGUUGAAAGAGAUAGCUGUAAGGAGGAACGUGCGCUGAGCAGUCAUGGCAGACUUGGAUUUCGAAACAAACCCCCGAUACAAACAGACUGGGCUUCCUGAUGCUGUGAAGAUGAAUCAGCUGCAGAACCUCCUUCAUGACGCCCUCAUCUCCACAGAACAUGUACAGCAGUGUGCCAUAGUGAGGAGGAAAGACUGCUCUGUGAGGGCCAGCUCUGUAGGAUUCAAUCUGUACCAGGACCAGGUUCAAGUGCUGUUGGACGCAUUCAAGAACCCACCACAGACCAGGGAGGAGGGAAUCUACUUUGACGACCGACAGUUCAAAUGUGUGCGAGCAGACAAAACAUCCAUCUACGGAAAAUGUGAGAACCGAGGUCUGAUCCUGGUGAAGACACUUACUCUGCUGGUCAUCGCGACCUACAGUGACUCCAUGUAUCCCAGUGUGUGUGUGGAGGCAGUGGAGAAACUAGCGGAUUAUUUUAAAGAGAAGGGCAAGUGAACCAAGUGAGGCAGAGAGGAUGACAGAAUUUCCUCCAUCUUAAGUCAUCACAAGAUUACCAUGAAUGAACAGAUCUGCAUUUCAUUGUCUGUAAAUGUUUGUUGUUAAUAUUUCACAUUCCGUCCAAUAAAAUAUUGUUUACAAUG